UUCUGACAUCCGUAGGGGGGCAGAGAGGCGCAUUCGUAUUCGGAUUUGGUUUUCAUCGAAGAGCUUAUCACGUAUUCGUGUCUGAGAUCUCAGCUUCCUUAGUUUGUAAAUGAUAGAGACAAUUUGUUCAACUCUUUGGAUUGAUGAUUGAAGCUGAUAUCGAAGAAAAAACAUUUAAAAGCAGAAAAGACGCUCCCGGCAGAAGAACGGACGAAAACAACUCGAAAACUACGUCUUCCAACGAGUGCUGCCAGCUUCCUACCAACUCUCGACAUCGCAAAACCAGCCUUUUCGACUCUAUUAUAAGUCACCAUCAUCCAGAACUCUCAACUCCUCAUUCAUCAUCAUGGUUACAACGAUUCCAGAGGAAGGGCAGAUGCUCUUGGCUAAAGAUGCCACGUUUGAGAAGAUUCUCCACAAGGGAACGUCCAAAGACGUCGGCAUGUCAGCAAUGUUGAAGAAGGACUACGAAGCCCAGAAGGCGGCCACGGACGAGUACUUCAGUCAUUGGGACAAUAAGAGCGCACAAAAAGAAACGAAAGAAGACCGCGAUGCUCGUACAGCAGAUUACGCUUCUCUUACUCGGCAAUACUACAACUUGGCGACCGACUUCUACGAGUAUGGGUUCGGCCAAAGCUUCCACUUUUCUCGCCCUUCUGCCGGCGAAUCUUUCAAGCAGAGCAUCGCAAGACACGAACACUACCUCGCCCACGUUAUCGAUAUUAAGAAGGAUAUGAAGGUGCUGGACGUUGGCUGCGGCGUGGGCGGACCUGCUCGGGAGAUUGCCAAGUUCACGGGGGCGUACAUUACCGGUCUCAACAUCAACGAGUACCAGGUGGAACGGGCCACAAGGUAUGCCGUCAAGUCAAAGUUGGAUAAACACGUCCAAUUUGUCCAGGGCGACUUCAUGAAAAUUCCCUUCGAAGACAACACCUUUGACGCGGUCUACGCCAUCGAGGCUACAGUCCACGCACCGUCCCUGCAAGAUGUGUACUCUGAGAUCUUCAGAGUUCUCAAGCCCGGCGGCGUUUUUGGCGUCUACGAGUGGGUCAUGACGGAAAAGUACGACAACGAAGACCUCCGUCUCCGCAAGAUCCGUAUCGACAUCGAACAGGGAGACGGCAUCGCCAACAUGGUCAAAGCAUCCGAAGCUGUGCGCGCGUUCCAGGCAGCUGGCUUCGAGAUGAUCCAAAACGAGGAUAUGGCCGAGCGCCCCGAUCCGAGCCCGUGGUACUGGCCGUUAGAUGCGGGUAGCUGGAGACACGCGCAGACGGUGGGCGACUUGCUCUACACCUUCCGCAUGACUGGACUGGGACGGGCGUUUACGCAUGGGUUCCUUGGACUCAUGGAGACUUUGAGACUUGCGCCUCCUGGGAUGAUGAAGAUGUCAGAUAGCCUUUGUGUCGCUGCUGAUGCUCUUGUUCUCGGUGGUAAGGAGAAGAUUUUCACACCCAUGUACCUGAUGGUUGGACGCAAGCCUGCGAAACAGGAGUAGACGUUUGCGCAGCCAUAUCAUCAUCUUCCCAUUUUAACUUGGCAAAAUUAGAACCAUAGA